UUGGAAGCCGGCCAAUUCUCGGCACUACGUGACUUGGAAACGCUGAAUCUUGCUGACAACCUUAUCAGUGACAUCAACGACGGAGCUCUGUUUGGAAUGGAUAAUUUGACACUGCUGAACAUGACCAAUAAUCAGCUAGUACGACUCCCUGGAAACACGUGGCCGCUCGGCAAACUUCGCUCAUUGGAUCUGUCCGGGAAUCCGUUUGUUGCUCUCGAAACAGCUUCAGAAAUACGAGUUCCAUUUCAGAUGGCUGCCUUUGUGUCGAUGUCAUCCCUGCAAACGUUGGAUCUCUCAAACUGUGCCCUGACGCACAUCGCUCCAACCGCCUUUCAACCGCUGCCACCGCUGAACAUGCUCUCACUGGCCGGAAAUCGUCUUCAAACGCUGCCCUCUUCACUACGGAUCUCCAUUGUACCCUUCCUCGACCUCGACAACAAUCCAUGGGACUGCUCCUGCGAGCUGCGAGCGCUUCGGUUGCCGUCCACGGCUCUAUGCGCUUCUCCAGAAUCUCUUGCCGGUGUGCCAUUGAAUGAACUGGAUUCCUGUUCAAUAUUUCAUGGAAUGCUUCUUCCAUUCAUGCUGAGCAUACUUGUUCUUUUCCUGAUUGUUAUUCUGAUUUCAAUUCCUUCUCAUGAAAAGGCCGACCCCACGGCGAUCUUCUCUUUAUCAACACCAAACCCUUAUCAAUGCCCUCUCCCAUAA